AUGUACCAAUUUUCUGAAGUCGAUGGGUUUCUGCAGAUAGCUGAAGAAUCAGCAGAUAUGAUAAAAUUUGUGGCCAAUGAGCCCUCUGUUGGACUUCAUUACGUUCAACAGCAUACCCAAAAUGCAGUGCCCAACCUUGUUAAUCUUAACAAAAAUGUUUUUGAAAAAUCCCACGAGACAACUUUGCAUACAGAAGAUUUGGAGGAUUCUGUUACCAUGGUUAGAUCGAUGAAAGAAUAUGGCUUCCCGAUUGCUGAUGAGAUGAGUCGAGAGAUUAAAAAAUCUCUUGCAAUCAUGGCAAAAAGACAACCAAAGAAAGGAUUGCUAAAUAACUCAGGUUUUCGUAUUGGAAGAACCAGUUCUUGGUCUCCAGCUACCUGGGGUCGUAAUGCAGUUCAUUCAAAUCCAGGGGAGGAGAGGACGAGUGGUUAUCUCUCAAGUGUUUUUCGGUCUGCAAAACAAAGAGCCGAAAAUUUCAAAUGGACUCAGGUCGAGUUGAAAGAAUCAAGCCUUCCUGAGGGUGAGAAGCUCGUGUCCCGUGUUAGUCCCACACUCUUACUUGUAAAGGUAGUUGAUGGCUUGUCCUCGUCAAUGCCUGAGGCUGAGGCUGAGGCCGAGGCCGAAUAUUUGACAUUGUCGAGUGAAGUUGAUGAGCUCCAAGAAGAAUCUCGACUUGACAAAAGUUCGUCCCAUGAAGAAUUCCUCUCAUUAUCCGAGACAUAUCACGAGUUAAAGGCAGAUCAAGAAGCAAAACUCGAAGAGUGGUUGGGAGAUAAGGGCAACAAGGAUCUUCAUUGA